ACUUUCCUCUACCUCCAAACCACGGCUCCAGAGCUUCCUCAACUCCCGGAAGAGCUUAACGGAUAUAUUUUUAUAAAAGGCUUUGCGUUCUUCCGAGCUUCCACUGCGAGCGCAACCUCCAUCUAUCCGAACCCCAGACAGACUACGAGACUCUUACUCCAUACAUUUUCAAAGCUCGACCAAUCUAGCCUCGGAACUGCAUAGCCAGUAGGAUCCGAACCGAUUUCGACAACCGUUCAAUCCCUCCCUCCCCCCAUAGCAUUAAAUCAUUGAACCGUGAUGGCUGCUGCUCUUCGGGCCAGUUCCGCCUUUGCGCGACGCUCUCUCGCCGCCUCAUCGACCCCUCUCCCCGCCGCCCCUCUCGGCUCUUUUAUUGUUUCCUCUUCUUCCUCUUCCUCUUCCUCUUACCACUCUUCCUCUUCUAACACUACUUCUUCUUCUCCUGCUUCUCUCCGUGCCUACAGCUCUCGUGCUUCUGUGCUUUCUCGUUCCCUUGGAAGUUCCCCUCUGUCUACUACCUCCCGCUGGUCUGGAGUGAUCCCUACGAACCUCAACCAAGCCCGCACGAUGUCUUUCGACGGAAAGAAGAUCAAGGUCCAGAACCCAGUCGUUGAACUGGAUGGUGAUGAGAUGACCCGUAUCAUCUGGAAGGAGAUCAGAGAGAAGUUGAUCUUGCCUUACCUCGACAUUGACCUCAAGUACUACGACUUGGGUCUCGAAUACCGUGACGAGACAAACGACCAGGUCACCAUCGACUCGGCUGAGGCCAUCAAGAAGUAUGGCGUUGGUGUCAAGUGUGCCACCAUCACUCCCGAUGAGGCCCGCGUCGAGGAGUUCAAGCUGAAGAAGAUGUGGCUUUCGCCCAACGGAACCAUCCGUAACAUCCUUGGCGGUACCGUCUUCCGUGAGCCCAUCAUCAUCCCCACCAUCCCCCGUCUCGUCCCUGGCUGGACCAAGCCCAUCAUCAUCGGCCGUCACGCCUUCGGUGACCAGUACCGUGCCACCGACCGGGUCAUCCCUGGCCCCGGUAAGCUCGAGCUAGUCUACACCCCCGAGGGUGGUCAGCCCGAGACCGUCAAGGUCUUUGACUACCCUGGCGGUGGUGUUGCCCAGACUCAGUACAACACCGAUGACUCCAUCCGUGGCUUCGCCCACUCCAGCUUCCAGGUCGCCCUCCUUAAGGGUCUGCCCCUUUACAUGAGCACCAAGAACACUAUCCUCAAGAAAUACGAUGGCCGCUUCAAGGACAUCUUCCAGGAGGUCUUCGAGAAGGACUACCAGAAGGAGUUUGACGCCAAGGGCAUCUGGUACGAGCACCGUCUCAUCGAUGACAUGGUCGCUCAGAUGAUCAAGUCUGAGGGCGGCUUCGUCAUGGCUCUUAAGAACUACGACGGUGAUGUCCAGUCCGACAUUGUCGCUCAGGGCUUCGGCUCUCUCGGUCUGAUGACUUCCACCCUCAUCACCCCCACCGGUGAGGCCUUCGAGUCCGAGGCUGCCCACGGUACCGUCACUCGUCACUACCGUGAGCACCAGAAGGGCAAUGAGACCUCGACCAACCCCAUUGCCUCGAUUUUCGCCUGGACCCGCGGUCUCGUGCAGCGCGGCAAGCUCGACAACAACCCUGAGCUCGUUACCUUCGCUGAGGAGUUGGAGCGUGCCUGUAUCGACGUUGUCAACGACGAGGGUAUCAUGACCAAGGACUUGGCCCUCUCGUGCGGCCGCAAGAACCGUGAGGCGUGGGUUACCACCAAGGAGUACAUGGCUGCUGUCGAGCGCCGUCUCCAGUCCAACCUCAAGUCCCGUUUGUAAGCGAAUUAUGACUUAGGAGUUAUGUUUGGGUGAAAUGAAUUUGUUAUUUGGCUGUACAGUUUUGGAUGUGCCAUGAUUUUGUAUAUCAUAUAGAAUAAUGGAUUUGUGAUGACGUUAUUGUAGAACUUUUCUGCGAAAGCCU